UUACAGAUGUUUUGAAUACAUGUAGCAUAUAAAAGGCAUGGCAAUUCGUCCGAGCAGCUAACUCGGCCGCAUGAGUGAGGCGAACGUGCUCAGACCCCUCGGCAUCGUGCCGCCUGCUGCGAUAAGCCCCAAACCCCGACCUGUGCGGGAAUGCCAGGUAACCGGACACCUCGCAAAGCGCUGCCACAAACAUCUCACCCUGUUGAAAAGGAUGCAACGCGAUCACCUCAAGUCAGCACGGCGCGCGCCUACAGGGAUGGCCAGCUUUGCCAUGCAUUGACCCACCUCAACAGCCUGCCGUGAUGCCAGCAUGCAUAGAGCUAGUAAUAGUGAUACUGUAAGUUGUUGUAGUCUUAACAUUCGUAGGCGGCGCAGCCAGCAGCCGCACGCUUGCUGCGGCGGAGGCAUCUGACAAGUAUUUCUCUGCCUUCCCUUUUGCAUCAGUAACUAAGAUUACAAGAAGCGCAUUGUACUUGCUGAAACAAUUCUCCUUGGCUGACAUCAAUUUGUCGCGCCCUGCGUGGACGGACUCUAGAAGGAUUUAUCACUACGUAGCCAUAGUGAGAUAUACAUGCAUACGCAUAUUAAUUAGUACUACUACCAUGCGCAAAAACCGGCGAAGCUAGUUUUACGAACGUCUUCACGACAUGCGUUAGCGUGCGUGCAUCCAAUGCGAGCAGCUUCAGCGCCAGCAGUUGGGCAGCUUCAGCGCAAGUUGAGCGCAUUGCGGCAUUUGCUAAUACAAAGUUGCGGUGUCAUUCCUUCUGAACUUUUAAAGCACUGCGGCCGCCGCCGCCUCUACCUCCGCCACGGCCGCCACCGCCAAGUGAGUCGACUUGUUCAUUGUCCUGCGUGAGGGCAUCUCGAUGUGGAUAAAGGUCCCUUGCUGUAAGUUGUGCUAUCCUUCUUCGCCGCCGCGCACUCAACACAACCCUGCUCGGAUGACAGCUGCCUCGGCGUCGCGACCAAUGUCAGCAACCAGCAGAACAUGGUUGGGAUGACGUUCCUGGGCCUCCAGCGCACCGCCUGCUUUGGCGGUCGUGAACUCAGCGCGUCCUUCGUGGCCACACAUAUUGCGGAGGCCGCCUGCCCCGUGUCCUGCCCUGCCGCCUCCAACCAGAAGUGUGGUGGCAACGCCAAUGCCACCGGCAUCCCAGUCAGCGCGUACCGCGCAUCUUAUCCGCCGCGCCGCCGCCACCGCCCGCCGCGUUGUCCCCGCGUUGUCCCCGCCACCAUCGCCUGCCGCCAGCAAGCCAGCGACGCGUCGGUACAGUAAGUCCGGCGUUCUACCCGCC